CUAGCUACUCACUUUUGGAGUACACUUGACUACCUUUUCAAUCUGCUACCAAAUUUCAUUUGACGUCCUAUUGUGCCUUAGUAUGGAUUUGUUGGCAGAAUACGGAUCUUCUGAGGACGACGCGGACGAUCCUGUGUCCGCGCGUCGCGGUGGUGAUAUUCCGGAGCCGCUGUCGACGAAACACGCUGACGCGCCGAUCACAUCUACACGACUCCGUCGGGGUCCCAAGAUUCUAUCGCUACAAGCCGUAUUGCCGCCACACAUUUUCGAACGAUUGACUCAAUCCUCCGGAGUGUCGCACGACGAUGACAGUGACGACGACGACAACGACGUUUCCAACGAACGACAACGCCGGGGAGCGCCGGAGCGGCAUUCAACGCAAACGACGGUAUCCUCCACACCCGCAUCAUCCUUGAAAGGUACCGAUCCGGGAUUGUCCGAUUUGCUGUCGGCGUUGCGUGCCGCACCCACGGCGGGCUCGAUCCUCCGGGCCCCGUCCAAGCCAGCGGGAGCCGACUCGCAACCGUUGGGGGCCGCGUUUUUGUCGUCGUCGAGCACCACAACCACCAAGGUCACCACCUCGUCAACCACGAUAGUCCGGGAUAUUCAUGGAACUGCGGCGACGCGUACGGACGACCGUGGAGAGUCCGACAUCAUUCCCGUCGUGACGACCACGACGACUCCGGCGCGUCGUGUACCACUGGCGGCGGCUCCGAGAGUCUCUGCGGCGCCUCUCGUGUCCCGGACUAUACCACCAUCCAAUAGCCUGCAAAGCAGCAGUACUGCGUCUGACCCUACGGCUCGGCCUACGAACGACAACAACAAAAACGACGACGAAUACAACCACACCCGUAACCCGUCAAACCCACCAUCCCGCAAGGCACUGGAACAGGCACUACGCCACGGCAACUUGAGUGCCGUGUGGGACGAUCCGAAUCGCAUCAGUGUGGCGCAGGCCGCCCCGGAUCGGCAUACGCCGGUCCCGGAACGCGCCGCACCGUCCCACGGCGUCAAGGUGGUACCCACGGCCCUGUACGAUCCGUCCGUGGGAGCGAACGUUCUCGUAAAUACAACAGGGGGACGUCCCCACUUGCCGUCCCGUGGGAAGAAUCAAAUACACACACUGUUGCAGUCGGCGGCAGCCUUGGAACGACAACGGGCGCAGCAAGGUGGGGUCGCCGGGUCGGCGACCUUGGGGAAAACCCACCGGGCCAACGCCAAACGCAAGUACGGAUGGUAAAGGAACGUAACGGUGGACUGGACCGUUUGUGGUGGCAGGGAAGCGUAUGCGUAUCUCUAUCUGGAUCUCGCUUAUUCGCAUGUACGAGUCUAGCGGAGACGGCCGGGACGUGGGCAGGAAUCCUUUGUGUGAUACCGAGAGGCUACUCUAGCUUUGGCCAGAGCAAUUUGCUUACCUAUCCAUUUACCAGUAGAUAGGUAGGUACCCAAUUGACAAAAAAUGAAGUGUGUAAUUUGGGGUUUCCACUCGCCACCCAACCCUGCCCUCUGGACUGAACAAAGGACCGACGGAACGCGGCGGUGUUGACGUGCGCGCGCGCGCGCCCUUGGAGGGGGACUUGUUUCCACCGACCGUCCCCGUGCAAGCCACGCACCGGGACGGUCCCCAACCACGACGGAAUUGGCUCGGACCAACCCCUUUCGGCCGUGCUGUGCUGGUGGAGAGAGGGAACAUUCAAAGAUUCGGGUUUGUGCCGGGCUGGCGGCACAGAAUGAUGAGAUUGGUUGGUUCAAGACAAACCGGCAUUCCAGAGCCUGGCCCGCUCAGUAGUCAAUCUACUAAACAUUCUACAUACAU